AUGCUUGAAUCAAAUAAUGAUACCUACGCAUAUACUACAGUUUUAGUUGUUGAUUUAGUAUUAGGGUGUUGUCUUGGUGGUUUAAAGGGUACAAUAUUUGGAGCUAUAAUAGGUGAAAUUUUAACUGGGUUUAAUUUCUAUGUUUUAUUUUAUUCGUUACAAGAGGAGGUCAACCAAGUUUCGCUUUUACUUUUCUGGGCAGAUUUGUGGGCUACAUUAUUUGUUAUUUAUACUACCAUUGAACGAUACAUCAAAAGAGGAGAAUUUGUAGAGCGAAAAGUAGAAUUUAGUCUUCAGAAUUACAUCUAA